AUGCUCUCUUCUUCUGCAAAACUUAAAGAUGGGGCUGACCCAAAGGAGCUCAUUCGAUUGGUCACACAGCAUGUGUCCGCGUAUUCUGAUUGGCCCGAGGAGCUGCAGAAGUUGAUCAGCCAGCUGCACGUGUACAACGAGCGCCUGACGGACUUCACCCAGGCCCAGGUGCUACAGGGGCUGGGCCGGGGGGUCGACGUGCAGCGCUUCAGCUCUGACUGCGACUACAAGAAGGAGACCAUCCUCGGCCUCACAGAGACGCUGGAGGAUGACGUGUACAGAAUCUCUCUGUCUCUGGCUAAGCGCUACAGUGUUCCACUGUGGGAGGUCUACAUGACUCACCUCGAGUUUCUGUUCACAGACAGCGGCACCUUCCCUUCUGACUCAUCAAUGAGACAUGUUUUGCUUUGAGUCUAAUGCAGAAUCCUCCGAGACGUCCUC